GGAGGGUACCGUAUGAGAGAGUCCUUUUCUGUAUUCGCAAAGUUUUGAUGGCCAUAAGGCCCCUUCAAUUCACACUCUCCCACCAUCACCACCCCCUUCCUCUUCCUCUUCCUCUUGCCAGAAACCUAUUCUCACUCUUCCUCUCAUCACCGCCACCUUUCUCUCAUCAAUCUCCACCGUCCUCCACCUUCCCCAUCCUCCGCCGCAUCGCCUCCUCUGCGACACCGAUCUCUCGCCCUCAGAAACACCACCACAACCGCCAACAACAAUAUCAACUAACUUCGCCCCGCAGCCUGCGACCGUUGCCUACACCGGAAACCCUGGCGCAGAAAAUCGGCAAAUCCAUCCGCCGCCCUGGCGCCCCUUCCAAGGCUAGGGUUUAUGCCGAUAUCAACGUGAUUCGCCCCAAAGACUACUGGGACUACGAGUCCCUCACCGUCCAAUGGGGGGAGCAGGAUGAUUAUGAGGUGGUGAGGAAGGUUGGGAGAGGGAAAUACAGUGAGGUAUUCGAGGGUGUUCACUGCACCGAUAACGAGAAAUGCGUAAUUAAGAUUCUCAAACCGGUGAAAAAGAAGAAGAUUAAGAGGGAGAUAAAGAUACUGCAGAAUCUUUGUGGUGGGCCGAAUAUUGUGAAGCUGCUUGAUAUUGUUAGAGACCAGCAAUCGAAGACCCCCAGCCUUAUAUUUGAAUAUGUGAAUAAUACAGAUUUUAAAGUGCUUUAUCCAACACUCUCUGACUAUGAUAUUCGAUAUUACAUCUAUGAGCUUCUAAAGGCAUUGGAUUAUUGCCAUUCACAAGGUAUUAUGCAUCGAGAUGUGAAGCCCCAUAAUGUAAUGAUUGAUCAUGAACAACGCAAACUUCGUCUUAUUGAUUGGGGCCUUGCAGAGUUCUAUCAUCCAGGGAAAGAAUAUAAUGUCCGCGUUGCUUCAAGAUAUUUUAAAGGUCCUGAGCUCCUUGUUGAUUUGCAAGACUAUGAUUACUCUUUAGACUUGUGGAGCCUUGGUUGUAUGUUUGCUGGAAUGAUAUUCCGUAAGGAACCGUUUUUCUAUGGGCAUGAUAAUUACGAUCAGCUGGUCAAAAUAGCCAAGGUCCUUGGGACAGAUGAAUUAAACACUUAUCUGAGCAAAUACCGUAUAGAGUUAGACCCUCAUCUUGCAGCCCUUGUUGGCAGGCAUAGCCGGAAACCGUGGUCAAAGUUCAUUAAUGUUGAUAAUCAACAUUUGGCUCUUCCUGAGGCUGUUGACUUUGUAGACAAGUUGCUACGGUAUGAUCACCAAGAGAGGCCUACUGCGAAAGAAGCAAUGGCCCAUCCUUAUUUUUACCCGGUAAGAAAUGCAGAAAGCAGCAGAACUCGUAGCCAGUAGAUUGAUUCCAGAUGCUUGCCAAGAUACGUUUUCUUCUUUUUCUUGGUCAGGAUCUUGCUCUGUAAUCUCAAUAUGGUCGGUGAGUUUGCAAUUAGGAUGCUGUGCAAUGUUUUAGUUAUCAUUGAACCGUCAGUUUAUUUGAUUAUAAUUUAUUUUUUGGCCAAUUAGGUUCCUGUACUUGGUGUGCGUUCUAAAGUUGUGAAUGUAAUAUUGACCCAAUUUCAGGCAGGAUUGUCUGCCUUUUUUUUUUUUUUUUUGACAUUCACAUGUUUACCCUGAACUGUUUUAACGCAUUGGGAAAUGGAUCAAACAAUAUUCCUUAAAAAAGGAGGGUUAUUGAUGAAUCCAGUUCAAUGAUGUUUACUCUAUAGAUUGAUGAUAAGUGAUUCUUCUA